CAACACAUUCAGACCAGGACACCGCGCGCGCAGAGGCAACAGACCCUCAACCCGGACAGUGAACAUGCCGAGGUCAUUUUUAGUGAAGAGCAAACGUGCUCACAGCUACCACCAACCUCGCAGCCUGGAAGACGACUACAUCCGCCUCGAUGCUCUACUGACACACACCUACACAGAGAUCCAGGCCGAGACUCACUGCUGCGAGGAUGUGAAUAAAGGUGCAGGUCGAUGCUCACCUGAAGGCAGCGCGGUGUGUACAGCGGAACAUAAAGCUCAACACUCUCCGCUCAGCUGUGAGGGAAGUGUGUGUGAUCCACCGGCGGAGUAUGAGGAGUCUGUGUGGAGACCCAGAUCGCCGUCGUCUUCUCCAGAUGUGGAUGAAUAUUCCUUAUCAUCACCAGAUGAUAUCCAACCCUUCGACCUGACGUUCCGACCCUGUGCCUGGACUCACGCCCGAUCAGAGCUCAGACGUCUCGUUAGACCAUUUCAGCAGAGUCACAUGGCACGUGAGACGCCAACGAUCGGCGUUUACAGCUCCACAAAGAAGAUCGCCAAGGCCUUUUUCUCCGAUCCAUCCCCGUUCAGAGGGUUUUCUCAGGAGGAGUACAGCUCACUGGCGACAGAUCUGCUGAAGAGCCGCACACGAGGAUAUUACACCGAUUUCAAGACCAUCCCUGAGAACGCAGAGAUCAAAUCACAUUCUGAUGUCUUGUGCACACGGAUGCAGGUUAACAGCUCUUACAAGUGUGUCAAGUGCACUAAGGUGUUUUCUACACCUCAUGGUUUAGAGGUCCAUGCCCGGCGCUCACACAGCGGCACGAGGCCUUUCGCAUGCGAGCUGUGCGGGAAAACAUUCGGUCACGCCGUCAGUCUGGAACAACACAAAGUUGUCCACUCGCAAGAAAGGAUUUUUAGCUGCAAAAUCUGCGGGAAAAGCUUCAAGAGGUCGUCCACUCUGUCCACACACCUGCUGAUCCACUCGGACACGCGGCCGUACCCCUGUCAGUACUGCGGCAAGAGAUUCCACCAGAAAUCCGACAUGAAGAAACAUACGUUCAUCCACACAGGAGAAAAGCCGCACAAAUGCCAAGUGUGUGGAAAAGCGUUCAGUCAGAGCUCCAACCUGAUCACACACAGUCGCAAACACACCGGAUUCAAACCGUUCGGCUGCGACUCAUGCGGCAAAGGCUUCCAACGCAAGGUGGACUUGAGGAGACACCGAGAAACGCAGCACAGCCUGAAAUAAGACGUUUCCAUUUAAAACGAAAAGCAUAAUUUAUAUCCUUUAUACAAAAACACGAUGAUCAGCACUAGCUGAGCUGUUAAUACUAAAAAGGUUUUCUUUAUUGACUUUUAUUAUUAACUAAACAUU